AUGUCUUCCUCCUCCAAGAAGCAAGAACAUGAACAUGAACAAAAGCUUCAUGUUAUCUACGUCGGAAAGUCUCGGCGACAAUAUCUCGUGAACUCUACAAAAUUUCAGUGUCCUGUUUUUCAAGAGCUAGUUGAUAGGUCUUGUUGCAAUGGUGGAUAUGAUGAUGGUGUUGUGGUUGUUUCUUGUGAGGUUGUUUUGUUUGAACAUUCUUUGUGGAUGCUUAAAAGUGUUGAAACUGAGGCACAAUUAGGAUCCAUGGAUGAACUUGUUGAAUUCUACCAUUGUGGUGCUUGUUGA